CUCCUUCGUCGUCCCGCACAUCGGUAGAUCUCCGACCUUCCUCUUCUUCCGUUCAGUCUGUCUACAAACCCUAAUUCGAGCCUCACUUAACAUCCCAAUUGUUCCCAAUGGCUACCGAAGAGACCGUGCAGCCGGUAGUGGAGGAGCCUACUACGGAUUCUCCCCCGGCGGAACCCGCAGCCGAUAAGCCAGAGGAGACCGCCGGCGAAGAGAAGAAGGAGGCUGCUCCGAAGAAGACAAAGGCGAAGAAGGCAGCGGCGCCUCGCAAGCCGCGCGCUGCUGCCACUCAUCCGUCCUAUUUCGAGAUGGUUGGCGAUGCGAUAACUUCGCUUAAGGAGAAAUCUGGAUCGAGCCAAUACGCCAUCACUAAGUUCCUUGAGGAGAAGCAUAAAAAUCAUCUGCCUUCCAAUUUCAAAAAGUUGCUUCUGGUACAGCUUCGUAAUCUCACCGCAAAUGGAAAGCUCACAAAGGUGAAAGGCUCAUAUAAACUCUCUUCCGCCGUAAAAGCUAAGACUAGCAAGCCUACUGUAUCUAAGAAGCCCACUACAGCGGCUUCAAAGGCCAAGAAGACUACCGCCGUGAAGGCCAAGCCAAAGCCCAAGGCUGCUGCUUCCAAGCCAAAGCCAAAAGCGAAAGCAAAGCCAGCUGCCAAGCCUAAGGCUGUUGCGAAACCAAAGCCGAAGCCUGCCACCGUUGCGAAGCCCAAACCCGCAGCGAAGCCUAAGCCCGCAGCGAAACCCAAACCGGUUGCUGCCGCGAAGCCAAAACCAGCGGCGAAAGUUGCGAAGGUAGCGAAACCGAAGCCAAAGACCACAACGGCUAAGCCCAGCACGCGCCCAUCGAAGGUUGCGAAGACCUCGGUGAAGGACACUCCCGGUAAAAAAGCAGCAGCGGCGGCAGUUGUUAAGAAGCCCGCACCUGCGGCAAAGAAGCCAGCAACUCCAGCGAAGUCUACGAGGGCUGCGAAGCCUCCGGCCAAGGCUGCUCCGACGAAAAAGACUCCGGCAAGGAAGGCCAAGAAGUAGAUAGAUAUUAUGUUAUUUUUUCAAGCAAGCGUUUGAUUUUUCUUUUUUGUUUUCCUUUUUUGAACUCGUCUCUUGUUUUCUCUAUCACCAGAAUGGCAGUGGUUGUAAAUUUAAAGAUGUUCUUAGGGCAUGUUGACAUUUUCUGUUACAUCAUUGUUUCUUCCUUAAAAAUCUGUGCUUUGCUACAAGAAA